ACGGAGGCAAAAAAAAAAAAAAGCCGGUGGGAAGUGACUGACGAAGCGCGUGGCUUUGUUGUUCUCAGCGGUGUAUAUUGUAAUAAAUUCGGGUUGAGUGGAAGAGCUGAGUCGGCUAUAGGAUAUAAAGUCGUGUUUGAAUCUGUUUUGUACUGAAAGAAGGGAAGAUAAAGUGCAGGAUGUCUGAGACGGAGGGAAGCGCGGACAGACAGCGGGAAGAAGAGGCUGAAGUUGAGCAGCCCGGGACAACACAGAGGCUCUUAUUUCUUCAGGACACUUGGAAUAACCCCUCCAUAUCUGUCUCUAAGGAUGGUGCUUCAGGUGCUGAAGAAGCAGCGCAGGAUGGAGGUGAGCAGUCGUCCUCUCCUCCGGCUGAAAAGGCGAAGGCGGAGCAGUCAGCGGGUUAUGAAGAGAAAGUGAAAACAGACCGGACCAACAGAUUCGAGUACCUGCUGAAGCAGACAGAGGUGUUCGCUCACUUUAUUCAACCUGCUGCCCAGAAGACCCCUACCUCUCCACUGAAGAUGAAACCCGGCCGCCCUCGCAUUAAAAAGGACGAGAAACAGAACCUGCUAUCUGCCGGCGAUAACCGUCACCGUCGUACUGAGCAGGAGGAGGAUGAGGAGCUGCUCAGUGAGAGCAGUAAAGCUGCCAACGUGUGCACACGCUUUGACGAGUCUCCGUCCUAUGUGAAAACGGGCAAACUCCGAGAUUAUCAGAUCCGUGGACUGAACUGGCUGAUUUCACUGUAUGAGAACGGAAUCAACGGGAUCCUGGCCGAUGAAAUGGGUCUCGGAAAGACCCUACAGACCAUUUCUCUCCUGGGCUACAUGAAACACUACAGGAACAUCCCCGGGCCUCACAUGGUCCUGGUUCCCAAGUCCACGCUGUAUAACUGGAUGAACGAGUUUAAGCGCUGGGUUCCCUCGCUCCGAGCUGUCUGCCUCAUAGGAGACAGGGACGAGAGGACGGCUUUCAUCCGUGAUACUCUGUUGCCGGGAGAGUGGGACGUCUGCGUCACUUCCUAUGAAAUGCUCAUCAUUGAGAGGGCCGUCUUUAAGAAGUUUAACUGGAGGUAUCUGGUUAUCGACGAGGCCCAUCGUAUCAAGAACGAAAAAUCAAAGUUGUCAGAAAUUGUGCGAGAGUUCAAGACCACCAACCGGUUGCUGCUCACAGGAACCCCGCUUCAGAACAACCUGCACGAGCUGUGGGCUUUGCUCAACUUCCUCCUUCCUGACGUCUUCAACUCCUCCGAGGACUUUGAUUCCUGGUUUGACACAAAUAACUGUCUUGGAGACCAGAAACUGGUUGAGCGUUUACACACUGUAUUACGUCCUUUUCUGCUGAGGCGUAUCAAAGCCGAUGUGGAGAAAUCUCUGCUUCCUAAAAAAGAAGUCAAGAUGUAUGUUGGGCUCAGCAAGAUGCAGAGAGAAUGGUAUACUAAAAUCCUGAUGAAGGACAUUGACAUCCUGAACUCGGCAGGGAAGAUGGAUAAGAUGCGUCUGCUGAACGUGCUGAUGCAGCUCAGGAAGUGUUGUAAUCACCCGUAUCUGUUUGAUGGCGCAGAGCCCGGCCCACCUUACACCACUGACCUCCAUCUUGUCGUCAACAGCGGCAAGAUGGCCGUCCUUGAUAAACUGCUGCCCAAGCUGAAGGAGCAAGGUUCUCGUGUGCUGAUCUUUAGCCAGAUGACCAGGAUGCUGGACAUUCUGGAAGACUACUGUAUGUGGCGUAACUAUGGCUACUGCCGCCUGGAUGGACAAACGCCUCACGAGGAGAGACAGGUCUCCAUCAAUGUCUUUAAUGAGCCCAACAGCUCCAAGUUUCUGUUUAUGCUGAGCACUAGGGCUGGUGGGUUGGGGAUUAACCUGGCUACAGCUGAUGUGGUCAUUAUUUAUGACUCUGACUGGAAUCCUCAAGUGGACCUGCAGGCCAUGGACCGCGCUCACAGAAUCGGUCAGAAGAAACAAGUACGCGUGUUCCGUUUCAUUACAGAUAACACUGUAGAGGAGAGGAUUGUGGAACGUGCCGAAAUGAAACUACGUCUAGACUCCAUCGUCAUCCAGCAAGGUAGAUUGGUUGAUCCUAACAUGAACAAGCUGGGCAAAGACGAGAUGUUGUCCAUCAUUCGGCACGGCGCCACUCACGUCUUUGCUUCUAAGGAGAGUGAAAUCACUGAUGAAGACAUUGAUGUCAUCCUGGAGAGAGGCGAAAAGAAGACCUUGGAGAUGAAGGAGAAGAUGUCGAAACUUGGUGAAGGCUCUCUGAGGAAUUUCACCAUGGACACAGAAAACAGCGUGUACAACUUUGAAGGCGAAGAUUACCGAGAGAAGAAAAAGGUCAUCACAAACUGGAUUGAGCCACCAAAAAGAGAGCGUAAAGCGAACUAUGCUGUUGAUGCCUACUUCAGGGAGGCCCUGCGUGUUAGUGAGCCUAAAGCACCAAAGGCUCCUCGGCCUCCCAAACAGCCCAACGUUCAAGACUUCCAGUUCUUCCCACCUCGGCUUUUUGAGCUGCUCGAGAAGGAGAUCUUGUACUACAGGAAAACUAUUGGUUACAAGGUGCCGAGGAAUCCUGACCUGCCCAAUGCUGCUCAGGUGCAGAAGGAGGAGCAGGCUAAGAUUGAUGAAGCAGAACCUCUAAAUGAAGAAGAGCUGGAGGAGAAGGAGAACCUCCUGUCGCAGGGCUUCACCAUUUGGAACAAGCGAGAUUUCAACCAGUUCAUUAAGGCUAAUGAGAAAUGGGGAAGAGACGAUAUUGAGAACAUCGCCCGUGAAGUGGAAGGCAAAACACCUGAAGAAGUCAUGGAGUAUUCCGCUGUGUUCUGGGAGCGCUGCAAUGAGCUGCAGGAUAUUGAGAAGAUCAUGGCUCAGAUUGAGCGAGGUGAAGCCAGGAUUCAGAGGAGGAUCAGCAUCAAGAAAGCACUGGACUCAAAGAUUGGCCGUUACAAGGCACCAUUCCAUCAGCUAAGGAUUUCUUACGGGACCAACAAAGGGAAGAACUACACUGAAGAGGAGGAUCGUUUCCUCAUCUGUAUGCUGCACAAGCUGGGCUUCGACAAGGAGAGCGUUUACGACGAGCUGCGCCAGUGUAUUCGCAACUCGCCACAGUUCCGCUUCGACUGGUUCCUGAAGUCUCGCACAGCCAUGGAGUUACAGAGGAGAUGUAACACACUGAUUACUCUAAUCGAGCGUGAGAACAUGGAGCUGGAAGAACGGGAGAAGGCGGAGAAGAAGAAACGGGGACCUCGCAAUUCUUCAGCACAGAAACGUAAGCAGGAUGGGACCCCAGACGGCCGCGGCCGUAAGAAGAAGCUGAAGUUAUAAAUCACACUUGAACCCCCACUGACGGAUGAGGCGCUUUAGUAGAGCAUUUGUGUUACGGGUCCCACUUACGUACUGUAUCAGCUUGCGUCACAGUAGCUCGUCCUUUUAUAAAAAGGCGUAGUAUUGUAAAAUAGAUCAAUCUUUUAGUUAUAUAAUAAACUACGGCUGUGCUGUUCUUUCUUUCUUCUUUCUGUUUUUUUUUUUAAACACUUUUGUAUUUGUAAUUUGUGAGCUAUUGAAAUAAAUGUAUUUAUGCCUGUUGGUUAUGUACUACAUUCCACUUGCUUAUCAGAAUAAAUUGUUUUUCUCCCCUUUUUUUUUUUUUUUUUUU